CAUCGACAACUUUGCGCAUGUCAAAGAUAGGAAUGGAGGACGUUGACUUGAUAGUUCAGCACUGGAAUUAUGAAACUGACACAACGAGGGAUUACGUUUCCUUCUUGAUCGAAUGGAAAGUAACCGUGGGCAUGUACGUCCAGCACCAGGAGAACACGCGGUCGCUUGUGGCCUGGGCGAUAGAGGGACGGGAUGGGUCGAUAGAGAUGAUAUUCUCGUUGCCUGAAUGGCGGCAUAAUGGCCUUGCUCGAGCGGCUCUGCACCAACUCACCACGAUCCUCCUGAACAGUCACAAGCUCCAGAGGCGGCUCACAGCUCCGUUCUGCACUAUCGCAAACGCCGACUUCGCCAUGAAGCAGCUGCUGAUGGCGUCUGGUUUCACGGCCGCCAGCGAGCUGCACGUGCUGCAGGUGGGAGACUUUGCGCUGUUUCCCGCCUAUCCCGAGGAGAUGGAGGUCGUCUACGUCCCGCAGAUCGCCAACACCCUGAUCCCCCCUUGCGGUGUCCGUCGGACUGUCUACCAUGAGACCCUCGACAACCAUCGGCGUCUCUCGCUCGCCGAGAGCAUCGAAACUUCGAUCAAGGCAAAUCGACGCGAGGGGAACUUGGGCUGCACCUCAAGAGCUAUCUGAGGGGGCCGGAGAACCUGGAGAAGGCUAUCUCCAUAAUGCAAAGGCGUGAUUCCCAACAUCACGCGUGAGAACUGCACGGACAUCUUACAAAAG